CAUUUCCCUAUUCAUAUGCUUCUUGUUCAUAAACAGCAUAUCCCUGUGUCAUUUUUCUUUUUUCAGGAUGCGUUUGGUGUUAUUCCUGGUGAUACAGAUUACAGAAUUCUUGCUGAAGAUUAUAGCAAUAUUCCAGGACUUGAUAUCAUCUUUGUCCUGGGCGGUUAUUAUUAUCAUACAUCUUACGAUACAAUGGAAAGAUUAUUACCAGGAAGCAUCCAAGCACGUGGGGAGAAUAUAAUCCGCUUGCUUCAUGCAUUUGCAAGUUCCACGAUGUUGCUAAAUUCUAAACAGAGAAAUCUGGAAGUUCCUGCAACCAAGAAAAGUAAUGAUCGUGCUGUAUACUUUGACUACCUGUCUCUCUUCAUGAUAUUUUACUCAAGAAAAACAGCGUUUUUACUUCACAGUCUUCCCGUGGUCAUAUUCCUCUUCAUGCCACUGUUGCUUCAGUACCCAAAUAUUGCAUUACGCUCUUCCUUGUCAACCUUUUCUGGCUUGAUAAUAGGAAUGCUGAUCCAUGCUUCUGCUGUCAUCCUUGCGAUAGUGAUUCCGGUUGUGUUUUCAAUACUAAGAUUGCUCCUAUCAAGCCAUGCAAUGAGCUGGUUUGCGCGGCCAUAUUUGGCAUUCUUGAUGUUUAUCCCUAGCUCUCUAAUUGGUUUGCUUAUUCCAAGAACUAUAUGGAUAUCACUUCCAGUCUCUCAAAAAGCCACCAGUGAGAAAUUGUCAAAUGAGGUUCUCUCAGAUGAAACAUUUUUUUGGGGAGCAUUUGGACUAUAUGCUUUUAUUACUUUGGUUUAUCAUCAAGCUGGGCUUGAAGGAGGAUACUUGACAUUUGUGAUGUCAUCAACUAUGCUUAUUUCAUGGUUCUUUUUUCGUGUGACAAGAAAGCAUUUUGGACAUCAAUCAUUGAAAUCAUUGGCAGUGUAUGUUAUCCCUUCAAUCCCAUGUCUUACAUAUAGUGUCUAUUUUGGAGGUUUUUUUGUCCAAUUCUUGAUUGAGAAGAUGGGCAUGAUGGGUUCUCUUCCGCCGCCAUAUGGAUAUUUUGUGCCUGAUGCUAUAGUGGCAGCAAUUGUUGGUGUCGUCACCGGAUGGUGUAUGGGUCCUAUAUUGCCUCUUGUCAGUCGUUGGUUGGCCAGGCCAUUAAUUUUACGAUGCUUGUUGCAACUGAGUGUGCUGGGUUUAGCUAUUUCAGCCCAGUUCUUUCCAUACAGCGAAGCAGCACCAAAAAGGGUUGUGCUUCAGCAUACACUUAGGCAUGCAGAUGCAAGUAAGAUCGUGGACUCCAGCUUUGAUUUUUCUGUUGUGGAUGCCAAUUCAUUAACUUUCCUUUUCAAGAAUUCACCAGAAGCUGCAAAAAUGUUACACAUUGGUUCAGAUUUUUCCUUAAAAGCAGAUCAUCAUUCUAUAAAAAGCUCCUGGGUGGCAAUAUUCCCACUAGGAUUUUUAUUCUCAGGAAGCUUGAAGUUUCCUGCACCUCAAAAUGACGUCUCUAAGCAAUAUAGUUACUUACCGUCCUUGUCAAUUGAUGAAUCUGCUUUACUGUCUACAACUAGAGCCCGAAGGGUCCACCUUGAUUUGAACUUGGGUUCAUUAAAAGAGGUCUGGGUUACAGUACUUAACAUUACUGGUCCUUUGUCAAAUUGGUCCUUUGCUGACAACAAGCUCCCAGCUUCUGAAUCAAUGGAUGGUGGACCGCCAUCCUAUAUAUGUAGACUUAGUGGACGCAGCCAUGAAAAAUGGACAUUCUGGUUGGAGGCUAAUACUUCUGAACCAUUGAGGGUUGAUGUAGCGGUACUUGACCAGCAUCUAUUUGACGACACAAGGAAAUUGAAGAGCCUUUUCCCCAGUUGGGUGGAUGUUACUACCUUCUCCUCAUUUUUGUCAACCUAUUAUUUUUGAAUUCUCAUUAUAUUUACAUUACAGAAUCAUUGUAUCACAAAAUAGUUGAUAUUCAAGUGUUGUACAUUAGUCGAUAAAAUAAUUGAGGCUUUACUACUGAGAGGGGACUGAAUUUUUUUGUCUAUUCCCCCAGUUUUAUAUUUUAGUUUCACACAAAUGAAUGAACAGCCUGUACUAUAUAUAUAUAUUUCUACAUUAAGCAAUUCAAUUAACCACUGUAGGAAGAAAUUUAGCAGGC